UCAGACAUCCAUCUUAAAAGCCUUUCAAUCAUUACAGUGGCCAAAAGCAGGUUAUGGGAGGGCAUCCAUGAGACAUGGACGUUGUAAAUGAUGUAAGCAGCAGUAAAGUCAAGGUUGUAUGAUCGCGCUCUGGCAGAAGAUCCUCUGCGCUCUCGCGGCGCAGCAGUCACUGUGUGCUUGGACAGCAGGGCGGGACGACAGCAUCUGAGCACACAAAACCACCUUCCCCACCAAGACCAUUAACUCCAGAUUAACACCUACUAUCAGACUAUCGGCAUCGAAGAUAAACCGCAAACAUGGGCAAGAAGGACAAACUGAAUUUAUCAAAUGGCAAAAAAGGGGAGAAUGGAGAUGUAAGCAGUGAGAAAAAUGGCAAGGAAGAGGAGAAUGAAAAGGUGGAGAUGGUGGGAACAUUUGAAAUAUUCCGCUAUGCAGAUGGUGUCGACAUUUUUCUGAUGCUGCUUGGCACAGUCAUGUCCAUAGCUAAUGGGACAGUACUUCCUCUCAUGGUUAUUGUAUUUGGAGACAUGACAAACAGCUUUGUGGAUGAUACAAUUGCAGAGAAUCUAAAGAACAUCACCCUUCCACCCAACUUCACCUUCCCACAGCCCAGUAAUGAGUCUUUAGGAGAGCAGAUGACAAGGCAUGCUAUAUACUACAGCAUCAUGGGAUUUGUAGUUUUGUUUGCGGCAUAUAUGCAGGUGGCCUUUUGGACUCUUGCCGCAGGACGUCAGGUGAAGAAACUUAGAAAGAGAUUCUUUCACUCCAUCAUGAAACAGGAGAUCGGCUGGUUUGAUGUCAAUGAGACAGGACAGCUCAACACACGCCUCACAGAUGAUGUCUACAAAAUAAAUGAAGGCAUUGGGGAUAAGCUUGGCAUGCUGCUUCAGAAUCUGACCACCUUUCUAACUGGUAUCAUCAUUGGUUUUGUCAAAGGCUGGAAGCUGACCCUCGUCAUUCUCGCUGUUAGUCCUUUACUCGGGAUCUCAGCUGCUAUCAUCGCAAAGGUGAUGACAUCAUUCACAUCGAGAGAACAGACGGCCUACGCCAAGGCUGGAGCAGUGGCUGAGGAAGUGCUGUCAUCCAUCAGAACGGUCUUUGCCUUUGGUGGACAGAAGAAAGAGAUACUGAGGUAUCACAAAAACUUAGAGGAUGCCAAGAACGUUGGCAUAAGGAAGGCCAUCACUGUGAACAUUGCUAUGGGCUUCACAUUCUUCAUGAUCUAUAUGUCCUAUGCACUGGCCUUUUGGUAUGGUAGCACUCUUAUCCUGGCUGAAGAAUAUGAUGUCGGCAUACUUUUAACUGUUUUCUUUUCAGUCUUAAUUGGAGCUUUCGGCAUAGGUCAAACGUCUCCUAACAUCCAGUCUUUCUCUAGUGCAAGAGGGGCCGCCCACAAAGUUUUCCAAAUCAUUGAUCAUGAACCCAAAAUCAACAGUUUCUCUGAGGAAGGCUACAAACUUGAUGUUGUAAAAGGAAACAUAGAGUUCAAAAACAUUCACUUCACAUACCCCUCACGACAGGAUGUGAAAGUUCUGAAUGGCAUGAAUCUUAAAGUUAUAAGUGGACAGACCAUUGCUUUGGUGGGGAGCAGUGGGUGUGGAAAAAGCACAACAAUCCAGCUCCUACAACGCUUCUAUGACCCAGUGGAAGGAACGGUGACUAUAGAUGGCCAUGAUAUUCGCUCUCUGAACGUGCGAGGUCUGAGAGAACUGAUUGGUGUAGUCAGCCAGGAGCCGGUGCUGUUUGCCACAACUAUCUCAGAAAACAUCCGCUAUGGCCGCCAAGAUGUCACCCAGGAGGAGAUCGAGCAGGCCACACGUGAAGCCAAUGCCUACGACUUCAUCAUGAAGCUCCCAGAUAAAUUUGAGACUCUAGUUGGAGAGAGGGGCACCCAGAUGAGUGGUGGACAAAAGCAGCGUAUUGCUAUUGCAAGAGCGCUUGUGCGCAACCCAAAAAUCCUACUUCUUGAUGAGGCUACGUCUGCUCUGGAUGCAGAGAGUGAGACUAUUGUGCAAGCAGCAUUAGAUAAGGUCAGGCUGGGCAGAACUACCAUUAUAGUGGCUCACCGGCUGUCUACUAUUCGAAAUGCUGAUGUCAUUGCUGGAUUCCAGAAUGGUGAAAUUGUAGAACUGGGCACACAUGACGAACUGAUGGAGAGAAAAGGAAUCUACCACUCUCUUGUUACUAUGCAGAUGUUUAAGAGCACAGAGGACACAGAGGAGGGCAAAGAGGAGAUGACUAUGGAUGAAAAGAGUCCCUCAGUCAGCUCUCUGAAUGAUCGCACACUCUUCAGACAGAAAUCAAGAAGUGGCUCAGAAAAAGAUCAGCAGGAUGAAGAGAAACAGACAGAGGAGGAAAAAGCUCCAAACGUCUCCUUCCUGACAGUCCUGAAACUGAAUAAACCGGAAUGGCCAUAUAUGGUGGUUGGAGUUUUAUGUGCCACCAUAAACGGAGGCAUGCAGCCUGCAUUUGCUGUCAUUUUCUCUAAAAUCAUUGCUGUGUUUGCUGAGAUAGAUCAGGAUCUUGUACGAAAGAGGACUGAGCUCUACUCUCUGCUGUUUGCUGGCAUUGGGGUUGUGUCCUUUUUCACUUUGUUCUUUCAGGGUUUCUGUUUUGGAAAAGCUGGUGAGAUUCUGACAAUGCGACUGAGGUUUAAAGCCUUUAAUGCUAUGAUGAGACAGGACCUGAGCUGGUAUGAUAACACUAAGAACAGUGUGGGUGCGCUGACCACCAGACUGGCUGCAGAUACAGCUCAAGUGCAGGGUGCAACUGGUGUAAGAUUGGCAACACUGGCACAGAAUGUGGCCAACUUGGGCACCGCCAUUAUCAUCUCAUUUGUGUACGGCUGGCAGUUGACCCUCCUCAUUCUCUCCAUUGUGCCAGUCAUGGCUGUGGCUGGAGCCAUCCAGAUGAAGUUACUGGCAGGACAUGCUCUAAAAGACAAGAAAGAGCUUGAGCAAGCUGGGAAGAUUGCAACUGAAGCCAUUGAGAAUAUCCGUACUGUGGUUUCAUUGACCAGGGAGAGCAAGUUUGAGACUCUGUAUGAAGAAAACUUAGUUGUGCCCUACAAAAACGCUAAGAAAAAAGCACAUGUUUUCGGCCUGACUUUCUCCUUCUCUCAAGCGAUGAUCUAUUUUGCCUAUGCUGGCUGUUUCAAGUUCGGCUCUUGGCUCAUUGAACAAAAGUUGAUGACCUUCGAGGGUGUCUUUCUUGUGAUCUCAGCUGUGGUGUAUGGAGCAAUGGCUGUUGGAGAGGCAAACUCAUUCACUCCAAACUACGCCAAGGCCAAGGUGGCUGCUUCUCAUGUCCUGAUGCUCAUCGACAGAGUCCCAGCCAUUGACAAUGCCUCAGAGGAUGGAGACAAGCCGGAUAAAUUUGAAGGGAAUGUGAGUUUUGAAGAUGUGCGUUUUAACUACCCGUCCCGGCCGGAUGUACCAGUGCUGCAGGGUCUCAGGCUCCGGGUGAAGAAGGGGCAAACUCUCGCUCUGGUGGGCAGCAGUGGCUGUGGCAAGAGCACCACCAUCCAAUUACUGGAGAGAUUUUAUGACCCUCAGCAGGGCAAAGUGAUGCUGGAUGACAAUGACGCAAUGCAACUGAACAUCCACUGGCUGCGCUUGCAAAUUGGCAUCGUUUCCCAGGAGCCUGUGCUGUUUGACUGCAGCCUGGCAGAGAACAUCGCAUACGGAGACAACAGCAGAAAAGUCAGCCAGCAGGAGAUCGAAGAGGCUGCUAAGGCUGCUAACAUACAUUCCUUUAUAGAGGGGCUGCCACAGCAAUACCAGACACAAGCAGGUGAUAAAGGUACACAGCUGUCAGGAGGGCAGAAGCAGCGUAUUGCUAUAGCGAGGGCCAUCCUCCGCAACCCCAAACUCUUGCUGCUAGAUGAAGCCACAUCUGCUCUGGACACUGAGAGUGAGAAGAUAGUGCAGGAUGCUCUGGAUAAGGCACGCGAAGGCCGCACUUGUAUCAUCAUAGCCCACCGGCUGUCCACCAUCCAGAAUGCAGACCGUAUAGCUGUGGUCCAAAACGGGGUGGUGAUAGAGCAGGGCACACAUCAGCAGCUCCUCAGCAAGCAGGGGGCGUACUACACCCUCGUCACCUCUCAGAUGAGUCACUGAUGGUCAAGAGCAGCAGCUGCACAUGCAGAUUCUAGAAAACAUUACAUAGAAAUGCACUCCUGUGCUUGCGAGCCUGUAUUUCAUUUUAGGUGCCAUUACAACAGGAAGCCGGGAAAAUAAUAAGGAUGUGGACAUUUGUGUCCAAGCGUAAUGUUAGCGGAGCAGAGGUCUGACUAAGCAUUGUGUAACUGUCAGUGCCUUUAAAGUUUUAAGAUGUAACAUUAAUCCAAAUCAGCGCUUUCUUGUUGCUGAUUUAAUUGUAUUAAACAACAAAAAAAAGGUAUUUCUGUUAACCCUUCUACCAAGCACUACCAUAUUCUGAUUUCCUGGUCACACUUGUACAUGCAGAGGGCAGAACAUUUCAAAUGUGAUUGUCUUAAUAAUGUACAGUAAUUUAUAUAUACAUAAAUAAUUUGUCCAUCUGUGCCUAAUAGCAAACAUGUUGCCUUGCUUUCUCGUUAGUGAAGACAGUUAUUAUUCUUCAGGUGACAAGAAGACCAAAGAGUUUGUAUUAUGAUGAGUGUUCUGUGUGUGGUGCCUUGAUAUUUAUCAGACUAACAUAAGGCUGGUUUAUUUUGUCUUGUGGCAUUGUUUUCUUA